CACGGUGGCAGCGGGUCCGGGCACCUACGUGUCGCACAGCAAGGAGUACAAGCAGGAGGGGAGGGGCCAGAUCAGCGGACUGCUGCCGCUCAAGCUGCUGGGCGGCUUCCGCGGUGCGAUUGCGGUGGUGGCGGGCGGCCCCACCCUAACCCUGGAUGCAGCAUACAGCGUGGUGGCGGAGGAUGGGCGGCUGCUGCCGCAACUGGAGAAGGCAUUCGGGCGGGACCUGGCGCAGCAGCUGAUGCACCGGGGCAAUGCGGUGAAGCUGGAGGCUGCGCUGGUUGGUCUCAAGGUCAAGAACCCGCAUAACAACAUCACCUUCGACCUCACCGGCCGCCUGACCCCCAAGUCCGCCCGACACACC